GAUGCUCUCCGAUCCUCUGCGGGCCGGAGUCAUCGUGGUAUGGUGUUCUUUUCUUUGUUUUGUAGGAACCAUUGUCCGGUCCGGUUGUGCGAAAAUUUGCAUCAACAUAAGCAUAUGUAUUUGAGUUGGCUAGAGGAUUGAAAUAACAUGAAAAUUGGAAUCUGAUUUCUGUUUGUGGAAUGGGAUUCAAUAAAAUGACAGAAUUUGAUUCUCCGCCGGCCAGGUGGUGUAAAGGGGAAUCCUUCUGUCUUUGGAGUAUGAAUAGGGAUAUCUUUCGACUUGCAAUAAUAUAAACACAAACUUAAUUGGUUGCAGUACGUCCACAGCACGCACGUCUUCUACUUUCUCAAGCCGUUUAUACUCUCGAUCUCCUCUAUACCUCAUAAGCUUAACUCCAUUGUGGAAAAUUUAAGCUAUGUCAAUGGAUCAAGUAAUUCAUAUUCCUGUGGAAUCCAGUCAGAAAAACUCACAUAAUUUUUCUGAUCAAGUUGAAUGUGCAACUUCCAAGACUGACAGGAAAACAAGAGAGGACUGCCAGACCUUGUACCUGGCUGCACUAAAUUGUAUGUGGGAAAUUGCUAAGAGAAUCGUCAGUGAAGAUCGAGACAUGCUUUACGCCAAGUUGACAAAAUCAGCAGAUACAGUUAUUCACAUAGCGGUUACCGCAAAAUGCACAAAUUUUGUGAAAGAUUUGCUAGAUUUUAUGACUGUGGAAGAGGCAGCUAUACUAAACGACAAUAAUGACACAGGCCUUUGUAUUGCUGCUGUAUCUGGAAUGAUGGAAAUUGCAGAGUUAUUCGUAGCAAAGAAUAGUGAACUAACAAUGAUCCGUGGUACAAGGGGAUUGACACCACUUGGCAUGGCGGCUGAAGCUGGACAGGAGAAAAUGGCACAAUAUCUUUACCACAAAACUGAUUUUUCCCGCCUAAAUCGCAAUGAAAGGAUUAGGCUCUUUUUUCUUUUCCUUUCCAGCAAUCUCUAUGAUUUAGCAUCGAAAAUAUUGGAUGGAGAUCCAACAAUGGCUUGUGAACGGGAUGAGGAUCAUAAAACAGCCUUACAUGUGUUGGCUCAAAAGGAAGACAUGAGUAGCAGAUCAGACGGGCUAAAGAUCGUGGAAAGAUGCACAAGCUCAUUCUUUUACAGGCAAGCUUCAAUGCCAAGAGUGCCUCACGAAUUACUUGAAAGCCUUUGGAAGCAAGUUCUGGAGCGACCAAAUGCUGAGAUUUUAAAACUAAUAAUGGAGCCUUCAGUAGUACUUUUUGAUGCUGCAAAGUCGGGAAAUGAUGAGUUUUUAGCUGUGCUUCUUCGCAAGUAUCCUGAUCUACUAUGGGAAGUUGAUGACAAUGGGAGAAGCGUAUUUCAUGUCGCUGUUGUGCAUCGGCAAGAACAUAUAUUUAAUUUGAUCUAUAACAUAGGAACCAUGAAGGAUUACAUAGUGGGAAAUGAUGAUAAGGAUGGAAACAACAUGUUGCACUUAGCUGGAAUGUUGCCACAUGUAGAAAGACUUGGAGCACCGCGUGCAAACCUUCAGAUGCAACGAGAGCUAUUGUGGUUUAAGGAAGUGGAAAAGAUUGUCAGACCUUCGCAAAGGUAUAUGAAAAAUUCAAAGGGGAAGACACCUAGAGAAAUAUUCAUCAAGACACAUAAACGUUUACUGCAAGGUGGUAAAGAAGACAUGAAGGAGACAUCCAAUUCAUGUAUGCUUGUAGCAACUCUCAUUUCUACAGUGGUGUUCGCUGCAGCCCUCACUGUACCCGGUGUGAGCAGUAAUAUAACAAACACACCAUUUUUUAGUAAAGAACAAUGGUCUAUGAUUUUUAUCCUUUCAAAUGCUGUAUCACUCUUCACUUCGGCAGCUUCAAUAGUCUUGUUGCUCUCCCUUCUAACUUCAAGCUACACAGAAAGUGAGUUUGUCACGUCAUUGCAUGCAAGGUUGAUGUUUGGGCUCACAGCACUCUUCUUCGCUAUAACAACCAUGGUCUUGGCCUUUAUAGCUGCCAUCUUUUUAAUCUUUGACUACAAAUUGGUUUGGGUUCCAUAUCUCCUUGCCUCACUAGCCAGUGCCCCAGUGAUUUUGUUUCUGUUGUUACAUUUUAAUCUUUGGGCUGACUUGAUUCGCUCCUAUUAUUGGUCUAAGUUUUUAUUCCAGCGAAGCAAGCACAUAAUUUUCUAGUGAGAAUUUUGAAUUGUAUAUGAGUUAUUUCAACACUGACUAGUGUGUUAAUGAUUCCGAAUUACCAUCAUGUUACUUGUACUUAGCAAUAUGGAUGGUUCACAUACAUUUGUUUCCUUUAUAUGUAAUUAGACUUGUGUGAAUUAGAAAACAAAAAUACAAAUA